CUGCAAUUGAAAGCGGUAUUUGCAUAUAAUUUCAAUUUCACUCUAAAAUAAAUACCUAUAUAUAAAAAAUAUUGCAGUAGAAAGUUUGUAAUUACAAAGAAGUAAUAUUUUUUGGUCGCCAGAAGUAGUGCGUAUACUUCUAUUUCAGAAAUUAAAUGACAAAACUUAUCAUGGAAGACGAAGGACAACAAAUUGCUGUAAGUGUACCACUUUUUUUAAGAAAGCUGUGGAAAAUGGUUAAUGACAAAGAAGCUGAAAAUGUAAUAGGUUGGAACUCCACCGGAGACGGAUUUGUGAUUUAUGACCAAUUACAAUUUAUCACAAAAUUAUUGCCAAAAUAUUUUAAACAUAAUAAUAUGGCCAGUUUCAUACGUCAACUAAAUUUUUAUGAUUUCCAUAAAGUUUCCGGUAUCGAUAAAGAUGAAAUACAAUUCACUCAUAGUUGUUUUUUAAAGGAUCUUCCCGAGACCCUCGUAUUUAUAAGGAGAAAAUGUACUUCUCUUCGUUCCAAAUUAACAAAUAAUGUUAAAGAUGAAGAAUUAACUGAAAUUCUCAGUGUUGUCAAGGAACUAAAAUCUAAACAUGCUUUGGUCGAUAAUGAGUUGAAAAUGUUGAAGCAGGAAAAUGCUGCGCUGUGGAAUGAAGUUAAUAAUUUACGUUUGAAGCAUGCUAAACAAACCAAAAUCAUUAAUAAAAUAAUUCAUUUUCUCAUUUCAUACAUGCAUUCACAUCAAAAUCCAUUGUCAAAAGGAAAAGUAUCGGUUGGUAGGAGAAAUGCCCAAAAUUUGAAGACGGGUCCUACUAUUUUAGAAAUCGAUUAUCAUAAUGGUCCUAAUUAUGUACACAAAAAAGCUAAGCAAAACUCUUAUAAUUUUACAGAACCUGGUCAAAGUGGAGCUAUUACAUACCCUUCUGCAGAAGUUGAGAGUUGUUCAAACAUACAGCCAACUGAACGUACCUUAGAUGAAAUUUUAGACAAAGUUGGUGCAACCAUUAAUGAAAACAAAAUGACUAAGCAUUUGGUCAAAGCUAGUUCAACGGACAAUUCAAAUAUUAAUAUGGCAACUAAUGAGAAACCUAGUAGUUCAAAUGAAUCCAAUUUAGAAGCUAAAAAUUCUCAAGAUGUAAAAACUAAAGCAUUCGAAAAUUCCAAUGCUAGCUUUGGAAUAUACACUCCUGCAUAUAGAAAGAAACAGGUACCACUUCAGAAGCCUGUGAAAUAUAAAAUAUUACAUAAUCCAAGAGAAAAUCUUGGUUUGUAUCUUAAUAACACCCAAGUGGAACUAAGCUCAUUGCAGGACAUGCUAAAUAAUUUGAAUUCAAUGGAAUUAACCAACUUUUGUAAUUUAAUAGAGGAAGCAGAAAUGGAAAAUUCCAAAGAAGCCAGACCAGAUUUGGUUAAUAUUUGUCAAGAAAUAGAUGAUGAACAACGCCUCAGUGAUAAUGAUAAUCUAGUAGAUAGCGAUGAAUAUGUAAAAAGUUCAUUUGCAGAGGAGCUUGCUGAUUUGCCAAUGGAACCAACUACUACAAAUGAAACUAAUUUGGACAGUGGAGAAUAUAGUGCCACAUUGCAAAUCCCAAGUGACUUGCAAAGUGGACAGUAUAGUGACGGAAAUUUGAAUGACAUUGAAUCAGAUGUUCUACCUGAUGAGUAUUUUACAAUCUGAUUUAAGGAAAAAAUUUGAAUUUUGUUAUGUUCUUUUCCUGCUUUCAUUGAAUAUUCUCUAAUUAUAAGGAAAAUAUAUAUACGUAUUCUUUUGCUUCUAGUAUUAGCUCUGUUUAACACGCCUUAAAUGGGUAUUUUAAAAGCUUUGUAGUAUAUACAGAGUGCACAUUUAUUUGUUGACUAUGUUGAAAAAUAAUGUUAAUUUUUUUCACAAGAACGAAGGCAACAGUUUAGAAAUUUAGUUAUAAGGGCAUUUUAUUGGUGUACAAUGUGCUGUGUGAGUUAAGGCAGUUUAUGAAAACUUUUAUUCCUUUCGUAACAGUUCAAUGCCAAACACUUACGGUUAUAUUAAUUAAAUUUUAUAUUGAGAAAUUUGAAUAACAAAGUACCACAGUCACAAUGAAAAACCUACAGGUAGGACUACAAGAAUUUUGGGAACAAAUGAAUUCACCGAAGACGCUCGAUGUUUUCAGGAGCUCUUGUAAUCUUGUGUCCACCUGUAGAUUUUUUGUUGUAAUGGCGGUGCCUUGUGAUUCAAAAUCUAACUAAUCUGACUAAAAAUGCUUAUUAAUGUCAUGAAUGUGCAUUGUAUAGGCACUGAACUGUUAUGAAAGAACGAUUGUUAUCGUAAAACGCCUUGACACACAUAGCAUGUUAAAAUGCUCAAUUGUAACUAUUUCCAAGUCAAUACCUUUGUUUACAAGAUGAGCUCAAAAUGUGUUUAUCUUCAUUACUUUUUGAGUACAAACAAGUCAACAAACAAAUGAGGAAAUCAUUCCUGGAUAUUCAUUCAGUACUUCCAAUAAUAAAUUUUUUUCUGUACAAGAAUUAUACAGGUUGUCUCGUGGCCCAUACUUCAAGCAGGGAAGCUAUUAUGGGUGAAAAUAAACCGAUUUAUUACUAACAGUUACGAACAAUUUUGCUUCUUUAAAAAGUUAUCAGCCUUCAACCAAUAAUUGAUUGACAAUUAUCAACCAAUGAAAUUUGAUAUAGAACUGUUUUGUGGAGUAGUUGAAUAUGAAUACGAACACAUUUUUUACUUGGAGGUUACUAAGAACACCGUAAAGUGUGUCAUAUUUUUUAUUGCUAUAGAUUUUGAUAUGCAUAUUUUUUAUGAAGUCACUUUAUUUACUUAAAAAAAAUGUAUAUUUGCCCUUGUAUUUGUUAUCGUUAAAAUACAGCACUUCCGAGAAAAAUUUAUUUCAAUUUUUUACAACGGCUACAGAUAGCCAAGUAUUUGGGAGUAUUCUAAUAUAAUCUAAAUUGUAUGUAUUUAUGUAGUUACUUAAACAAUGUUAACGAUAUUCUGGUGAUAAGUUGGUUUAAAUUAUAAAAAAUAUUGAAUUUAGUUGAGAUUUUAACAAGUGCAGUUUAAUUAGACUAGAAUGUCUCUAAAUAUGAUUGUCCUUUUAAUGACUACUGUAAAAAAUUUAAAUCCAUUUGUUUCUGUAACGGUGCAUCUUUGUGACAUUCAAUGAGUGUACCUCUUAAAAAAUAGGGCAAAAAAUGAUGAACUGUAUAAGAUGUUUCAACAACCUUUAAGUUUUAAAGAAAAAAUAUUCAUAUUCGGAUAUACAAAUCUCCCCUCCCCAUAACACGUUUUAUUGUAAUAUCUUUAAAAGUGACAAAUUAUCUUUAAAAAUGAAGUAUAUAUUGUUCUGAAGGCCGACUACUAUUUUAAGAAACAAAAUUGUACAAAGAUAAUUUGAUCUAAACCAGUGUAUUUGCUUCCAGAUACCAUAUAUCCAUACUUAAAGUUGGUAUAGAAAAGGCAUUCAUAAAUUACAAAAUUAUAAUUUUUCACUUUUUUAUGUACCUAAUUAUUUAUUCUUAAAUAUCGUCUGACUAGUAGUAACAUAUUUUAACUAAUUUUAAUAACAAUACUAUAUUUGUACUAAAAUUAGCAGCCUCAAAUUUCAAAAUAAUUAAAAUCCUGCUUUAUAAAUACAACAUUAAAGUAAACAGUGUGAAGCAAAUUAAGGCAUUUUAAGAUUAGAUUAUUUAACCGAAUGCAACAUUGUAAUGUCUUGAUAUUCGAUAAAAUUCUUAAAAUUAAAAUUUUAUUAGCUUUUAAAACAUUCAGCCAAAGACAAUAUGUUAGAUUACAUUACAUAAUAGUGUUAUAUGGAAUAUAAUUUGUUUAUUCUAAUCAAUGUAUUAGUUUAAAUAGAACAAUUUUUGUUAAACAGAUUACACUUUUUAUGUGCACAAGGAAAAUGAUUCUUAUUUUAUAACUUGGAGUUCACAUUUUCAAAAUAAUUUCAUCGAGAAUCUUUUUUUCAGAAGUACGAUUCCUGUAAAUACAUAUUUAUAUAAUGAGGACUUUAGUUGACAGAACUAAUUGCUGCUAUAAGCGUUUCAAACAUUUGUAUGUGUUUUUUAAAGGUUAAUUUUAACUGAUAAUAUUUAUAUGUAAUGAAAAAAUUUAUAAUUUUUUCAAAAUUUAAGUUUGAAAAUUAUGUAACUAUAAGAAAACAGAAUUUUACUGUCAUUAUAAACACAAAUUUCCCAAUAAACCACCAAUAAGACUGACAAUCUACAAUUAAUUACAAUUGUGUACGAAAUACCAGUAUCAAUUUGGAUUAUCAUAAUCCUUGAAACCUAAAUGUUUAUAAUAUAUAUUAUACUAAAAAAAACCGGUACUAAAAAGAAACAAAAAUUGCAAUUAAGUAUCUCAUUGUUUCACUAUUGAUAAAAAGAUUGCGUAAUAUUAAUAAAUGUGACAUAUAAAGCUCACAUUUUGUUAAUAGAAAUUUACGAAAAUACACUAAAAACACUGUGUGCUUAGAUUAUUAUCACUCUCCUUAUUACUCUUAUGGUAUGGUGUUAGAGAUAUAUAGUGAUAUGUUUAGAUGACUAGGAGUUAAUUUUCGUAAAUCCCUAUUGUAAUAUUAUUCAUGAAAUAUAUUGAGAGAUUUUUUAGCUUUAUUUUUAAUAGAUAUGAUCGUAAAAAUUAUGAAAUUAAAGUUUAUUUCUUUUUAUGGUUUCUCAGUUUAGGAAUAUAAAUACAUUUCGUCAUUUGAUAUAUUAAUAAAAUAUACUACACAAGCUAAAUUCAAUUUCUCAAUAUAGGUAUAUGAUAUAAUAUAAUUCACCUAGACU